UAUUUUGAUAAAAUUAAACUCAAACAAACCGCUUAUUUAACGCGUAAUUGUUAGCUCUAAAAAGGAAACCACAUAGAAAAGGAAAAGAAGGUGUGUAGAAUCUUCAACCAAAGAACAGGAAUCCCUUCCUCUGCCUCUUAUUUUUAUCGGAGAGAGCGAUUCCUUUUCUUCGUUGCCUUCCUUUUCCUCGUUUACUUUUUCAUUUUUCUUCCCUUUUGAUUUUAAGAAGAAAUUAGAUUUCGGCUUCGUUUCUUUGUUGAUUCCCCUCUGAAACUCUUGUCUCAGGUUUGAAAGAAAAUUGAGAAAGAUAUGGCGGAAGAACACAGAUGUCAAGCACCACAACUAUGUGCAAACAACUGUGGAUUUUUCGGAAUCCCUACAACCCAAAAUCUUUGUUCUAAAUGUUACCGCGAUCUCCAGCUUAAAGAACAACAGUCUUCCUCCGCCAAACAAGCCCUCAAUCAAAGCCUCGUUCCUUCUUCUUCUUCUUCUUCUUCUUCAUUAGCAGCGUCGUCAUCGAUCUCAUCCUCGUUUUCCUUGUCCUUAGUGGCGAAGGAAGAAUCAUCGGCGGAAACGAAGGAAGAGGUGAAGGUGGAGGAGGUUCAAGUCAGGCCUAACAGAUGUCUGGCUUGCAAGAAACGCGUGGGGCUCACGGGGUUCAAGUGCAGGUGUGGGAUGGUUUUUUGUGGUACCCAUAGGUACCCUGAACAGCAUGGUUGUAUGUUUGAUUUCAAAGGGAUGGGAAAAGAACAGAUUGCCAAAGCUAAUCCUGUUGUUAAGGGUGAAAAGCUUCAGAAAAUAUGAAGAAAAAGGGAUUGUUUGUGAUUGUGUUGUUAAUUUGAGAAUUUGGGUCAUUGAAAAAAAUAUGAAUUUAGUUUCAUCCUCGGGCCUCGCCGGCGAAAGUGACGGUCAAUCAGUAGGGUGUGGCUUAGUGCUGAUUGUAGCCGGCGGUUGGCGCUUGUUGUUGGGUUGAUGAAUGUUAAAAAAAAAAAAUCAAUGGUAUUUUAAUUUAAUGUGAAAUGUUGAAUUCCAAUUGAAUA